AUGCAGUCACUUGUGUCAAUGAAUCUGGUACAUAUAUUUGAGAGUAUCCCACAUCGGAUAUAUUGUUGGGCUUGGCUGGGGACCCUGGUGCAGGAGUGUUUUCAUGUGUAUGUGUGUGUACACUCGAGCACUUUUCAGGGGAGUGUUAGCGCAGCGCGUUACCUUGAGUCCGCAAAGUUUCGUCAUUUUGUCGACAGGCGUGCUCGCGUAUUUCUCCACAUUUUUUUUGUUCUUCCCUUGUCGCACGGGCGGUUUUCUUUACCUUGUGUAGUGUGCACUCUUUGUGCUUUUUACUGCUUGUGUCUUUGUUAG